GGCAAGUCCGGCCUGCACAGAUGCCUCCUGCUACUCCUUCAAUGUCAUAUAGGAGAGGACCCUCUCCCUGUUCAGGACACAUGACAUUAGCUGAGCCAAGCAGACCUAUAUGUGAAGUCGUGUGAAUCUUGAUACACUGCAAAGCUCCAUACAGGCUGCCCACCUGACUGAAUGGGGAUGGACGGAAGUCACAUGACUGAGAACAUACUAAAACUUACCUUAGAGAUCAUAUUUCUACUAACUGGAGAGGAUUAUGGGCCAGUAAAGAAGUCCAGGAAGCAUGUGACAUCUAGCAGUCAAUCCAGCAUGUCCGGAGGAUGGAACCGGAGCCAGAGUCCCAUCUCAGAGCCUCCGUCCCACUUAUUUCUACAUGUAAGGAACAAUGAGCAGAAGAUCCUGGACCUCGCCAACAAAAUCAUUGAGCUGCUGACUGGAGAGGUCCCUAACAAGUUUCAAGAGGAAAAUGGUGAUUCUUCAGUGGACGAGUGGGAGUAUUUAGAAAGAUGCAAGAAUCUUAACAUGAAAGUCAAGAAGGAGACUCUGCAUCACUGCACUUCACCGGAUCUCACUGAUGAUACAGAAAUAUCAGGGCGGUCUCCCUCCAUCAUUUGUUCACGGGAUGGUUUGACUGACCACAAAAUUGCUAUAAACAUGGCAAAAUACUCAUCAGAUAUGAACAGUCCAGAGAGUGCUGUGGAGACACCAGCUUUUUGUAAAGAAAUAUGUCCCACCAAGACUAAAAUAUAUAAAAGUACACAAUAUAUACAGUGCUCACCUCCCUGUGUAAAGGAGGAACCCGUCUCAUGCGGUGGGGAAAAGAUCUCAAACACUGAUCUCUACUCACCCACUCGCCAUUUAUCAUAUGCAUAUUUUCAUUCUAAAGAAGGUAAGGAAGAAAAUGUCACUGACCCUGAAAUGUGCAGAGAUCCUCAACAGUUCAAUGAUGUCUAUGCAGCUAUGGAUCAUUAUAGUGAAGAUCCAACUCCUCAUAUAAAAGAGGAACCUGUCUCAGGUGAUGAAAGAAAUCUUGUGGACAAUCCAUUACCAUCAUGGGUUUAUACUAAAAGUGACAACAAAUAUAAAAAGAAAGAUCCCAUGUGUUUCAUUUGUGUGGAAUGUGGAAAGAAUUUUCCUUACAAGUCACAUCUCCUUCGACAUCAGAAGAUUCACAUGGAAGAGAGGCCGUUUUCUUGCCUUGAUUGUGGCAAAAGCUUUAAGUUGAAUUCUAAUCUUCUAAGUCACCAACGAAUCCACACUGGAAAGAAGCCCUUUUCCUGCUCGGACUGUGGGAAGUGUUUUAUCAGCAAAUCUGAGCUAGUGAAACACAAGAGAAUUCACACAGGAGAAAAGCCAUACCCAUGUUUGGAAUGUGGAAGAUGUUUUUCGAGAGUAUCAAAUCUUAUUGACCACAAUAAAAUACACACUGGUGAAAAGCCGCAUUGCUGUUCGGAAUGUGGCAAGUGUUUUAGACGUCAUUCUAACCUACUAAGUCAUCAGAAGACUCACACUAUUGAUAAAGUGUAUGCCUGCCAAGAAUGUUCUGCCUGCUUCCUUACCAACUCUGAACUUCUCAAACAUCAAAAGACUCAUUCAGAAGGAAACACUAUUUCUCCGCAGACCAUGGUCACUGUUAUGUAAAUGCAAACGAUCCACAACAAAUGUCUUUUUAAGAAAUUAAAGAAGCAUUCUGCUGUUAAAUGCAAGGAA